GGUCGCAACUGCAUUCAAAGAUCUAUGUUCACUCUCAGAAAUGGAAGCGUUAGUAAUCGAUACAAAAGCCUGGUAUGAAGAUGCAAAUACAAAUUUACGAUCUUUGAAGCGUGACAUUGGACGAUGCAUGACUGAGAGCGCUAGUUAUGAGAAAACCAUGUGGGAGAGAAUAGAAACAGAACUUGAGGAAAUAAAUGUGAAGAAUCUUGGAUUCGAUCAUCCGAUUUGUUCAGGUGUUCUAGAUAUCAAGUCAGAACCCUUUACAAAUAUGCCUGGAUCAGUUUCUGAUAUUUUUAAGGAACCAUUUCAAAAAUAUAAGUUAGAACAGAAUCAUGAUAUAAUGGAAGCUUAUAAAGAAUUUAUCCAAAACGAAGAAUUGAAAAUUAACAUAGACGAACUUUUGGGUAAUAUUAAUUAUGGAGAAUGGUUGGAUAAGCCCGAAGAAUUACAAGAUUUAACAAAACGGAUAUUAGAAUCUAUGCUCAAGGUGCUUGCGCCAUUACUAAAUAUAAUGAUGAGCGAUUUACCAGGAAACCCGAUAGCAUGGGAUAUAUGGAGUGAAGAAGGGAGUUCAGCUAGUGCCAUACGAAAAGGUUCUCUUCAGAAAAAUGCUGAACUUGAAAUUGUUUAUCUUGAGAUCGGUAGACCUAAUUCCAGUCAAGAUAAGCGGGAUCGUGAUCACAAAAAAUUAAUACGUUUUUCCAAGGAUUCUAUCGACACCACGAGGAAUAUAAAAAACCUUAAAAAGAUAUUUAACCAACUAUCGAGGAGGCAGAAUCUGACCAUAUUCACUAUUAACAUCGCAGAAUCAGGAAUUUACAAGUACUGUUUAAUAGAGGAGGCAACAAUUCCGUUGCAUAUGACUUCCCCAAAUGCCGUAUACCCGCUUAUACAUGCGUUGAUGACUCUGAGAACGGCCGUCACAUGUACGAUUCACAAAACAUUAUAUAGUUCUGACUCUGGGGAUAGUGAGCAUAGUUCUAGUGAAAUGGUAGUAACAGUUACGACCCCCAAAAAUUCAUAGAAUAGAGAUUUCAUACAUGUAAUUUUUAUUAAGUUAUAUUAUUAAUAAAGCAGU